AUGUCCAACGCAUACUACGCGCAGCAGCCGGCGCGGCGAGCUGCGUACGACGACCCGCUCGCCGCACCCUACGCUUCGCAAUCGCGGCCCAACUUUACGCACAUGCACGACGAUAUGGAUGGUGCGGACUACCACCACUUCCACGGCGUGGCGUCGCAUGCUCCGCAGCCGUACCACGAUCCGUACGCCACGCUCACCCCCGGCGACGACCGGCUGCGGCCCGAAUGGGACGAGGCGCGCUAUUCCAAGGACCUGCAUUCGGACGAUGCGCACGACGCCACGCUGCGCCCCACGCACUAUACCCUCGGCAAGGACGACGACACGGGUCGUCUCGGCUACGGCCGUGGGCAUCGUAUCGAGGCCACCGACGGCUUGCUGCCAGAUACGCCGCCCGAUCCCAGUCGGCUCAACGCCGAGCAGCGCGAGAUCAUGAAGCGCUUCCCCGCCGACCUGGACGCGCCGGGCGGCGGCAAGAGCGGCGUGCAGGCGGCCAUCGACCUGCUCAAGGACUGGAAGUCGUGGUUCCAACUCAAGUAUCUCCACUGGUGGAUCAUGCUCGUCGUCGUCAUCGCCAUUGUGGCGCUCACCACCAUCUACCACCGUCAGAUCGUCGACUGGCUCACGCCCAUCUCGAAAAAGGUCACCACCGUCGCAUGGGGCUGGAUCAUCCCCGUCGCCAUCCUCUUCAUCAUCUCGUUCCCGCCGCUUUUUGGGCACGAGAUCGUGCUCAUCCUCGUCGGUUUGGUGUACGGCAUCUGGAUCGGCUUUGGCAUCGCAUCGCUCGGAACGCUGCUGGGAGAGAUCGGCAACUUCUACGCGUUCAAGCACUGCCUCCGCUCCAUGGCCGCGAGCUACGAGCGCAAAAACAUCCACUACGCCUGCAUGGCCGAGAUGGUGCGCGACGGCGGAUUCUGGGUCAUGUUCCUCGCACGCCUCAGCGCCAUCCCCGGCCACUUUACCACCGCCGUCUUUGCCACCGUCGGCAUGAACAUCUUUGUCUUCACCCUCGCCGCCGUGCUCGCGCUGCCCAAACAGCUGCUCAUCGUCUACCUCGGCGUAGCCAUCAAGAACUCGGGCAACGGCACCGAGGAUACCAAGAGCAAGAUCAUCAAGUACGUCGUGCUCGCCAUCAGCUUCGUCAUCACCGUGUGGACCGCCUACUGGCUGUACCAGAAGAUGGAAAAGGUUCGACCCGGGGUGAGUGCGAGGUUGAGGCAGAAGCGGUACGAGCUCUUGUUGCAGGCACGUACGCCGGGGACAGAGGGGUACAGUGGCGAGCACCAUUCCUAUCCGCCGCGCAUGGGUGGGGCGUACCGACAGCCUUUCGGCGUGGAUGAGAUGUACAACGGUCAUCCCGCCGACGUGUCGAGCGAGUCGUACGAUCCUCCUCCCCCGACGCACAUUGCGCAGGGGAGACAGCCGAUCCCUCGCGACGCUCGCUCACAGGCUGCACAGGCCGUUGCGGUGCAGGCAUCGCAGGCGGCCGAGACGAGGCAGUUCCACCGCCCCAUGCGCGUGCGCUCUCCGCACGACGAAGCCGCGCCCCUGACCAGCUCGACUGGCGAAUGGGCCUCGUCUUCUUCCCUCGCCAGUCCCGUCGACGCGCCUCCUCCGGACUACACGACGCACCUUGCGGCGGCGCACAUUGUCGACCCCACAGUGCAGCGCUACCAUCUGCACGACUGA